AUGACCAAAGAAAUUCCCAUACUGGUCGAUUUUACAGCUUCAUUGGCAACUGAAACACCGGCUAAAGUGAUUGAUGGAAAAUCAGUUGCGAAGGAAAUCAGAGAUGAGAUCAAUGCUGAAGUGGCGAGAAUGAAGGAUGCAAUUGGAAUUGUUCCGGGUUUAGCAGUUAUUCUUGUCGGGGACAGGAAGGACUCUGCCACUUAUGUGCGCAACAAGAAAAAAGCUUGUGAUUCUGUCGGGAUUAAUUCAUUCGAAGUGCGUUUGCCAGAGGAUUCCACAGAACAAGAAGUGCUCAAAUUCAUCUCGGGCUUCAAUGAUGACUCCUCAGUUCAUGGCAUCCUUGUUCAGUUACCUCUGCCUCCUCAUAUGAAUGAGCAAAACAUCUUAAAUGCUGUUAGCAUUGAGAAAGAUGUGGAUGGGUUUCACCCGCUAAAUAUUGGUCGUCUUGCCAUGCGUGGAAGGGACCCCUUGUUUGUGCCUUGUACACCAAAAGGGUGCAUAGAGUUGUUGCAUAGGCAUGGUGUACCUAUCAAAGGAAAGAGAGCAGUUGUAAUUGGACGGAGCAAUAUUGUUGGGAUGCCAGCUGCUUUAUUGCUGCAGAGGGAAGAUGCUACAAUCAGUAUAGUCCAUUCCCGAACCAAGAAUCCUGAGGAGAUCACAAGACAAGCAGAUAUCAUAAUCUCAGCUGUAGGGCAACCAAAUAUGGUGAGGGGUAGCUGGAUUAAACCUGGUGCAGUGAUUAUUGAUGUUGGAAUAAAUCCAGUUGAGGAUGAAAAGAGCCCUCGAGGUUAUCGGCUGGUUGGAGAUGUCUGCUAUGAGGAGGCCAGCCAGAUUGCUUCAGCAAUUACUCCAGUACCUGGGGGAGUGGGUCCAAUGACAAUAGCAAUGCUUCUCUCUAAUACUCUCGUAUCAGCAAAAAGGGUACACAACUUCCAGUGAGAUGUUCAGAGGUGCUGCUACUGGCGAAAAUCUCCCCUCUAAUUCAGUUAAAGACGCUACCAUCAUAUUCUUGAUCCUGAGCUACCAUGGGAUUUUUUUAUUGUGGGAACAUUUCCUUCGCGUGCUUAUCAGUUCUCACCACUUGAAAUCGAGAGAGAUUCAGUUCUCACCACUUGAAAUCGAGAGAGAUUUUUCUAAGUGUUAAAAGGCAGUUUUUUGUUUUGUUUUGUUUUGUGGUCAAAAGAGUUGAAACCAUCUUCGUUUUAACUGUAUGAUGUAUUUUCGAUAAGAGAGGGUUUAUGUAGCAGGGGUUCCAUGUUGGAACUCUGAUAUGUUAUCUGAUACAAAAAUCUUGGAAGGCAUCCUCUUUACACAUAAUAGAAAUGGGGUUUGCAGACUUAAUGCAAUAAGUUAAAUAUUGUAGGUUUGGUAUUAGAUUGGAGAUUCAUCUCCAAAGAAAAUGCAGAUGAAUUUGUUCA